AUGAUGCGGGCGAGCCAGAGACUGCAACGAUCCUGUUCCCUCUUCGUCUUCGUCGCGGCCCUGUUUGCCGUCGUCCUCUCGCGACGACGCGACGCGUCGACGACGACGCUCGAUGCGGCGCCGUAUCUCCGUUCAGAAAGUUGGCUCGCGGCCACCAUCUUGCCCCUGAAUUCGAGUGCGCUCAUGCCCCUGGCGGCGCGGGUCACCUACGACGCCCGAGGCGCGGCGGCCAAAUUGGGAUCCUCCUGGGAAGCGGCCGUCGCCGUGCGCUACGCGCCGCGGUACGCGGCGCCCGCGCUGGGCAACAUGAGCUUCGAGGUCGGCACCUUCGCAGCCUUCGAGCUCGCCGUCCCCGCCGCCGGCAACGUGUCCGGCGCGAAGGCGUUCAACGGCGUCGUCGGCGUCGACGGCGCCGGCGCCGUCGUCUGGGCCUACCACAUGGACGGCGCGGAGGCCUGGGACUUCCUGCCGCGCGACGCCGGGGGCGGGGUCCUCCUCGUCGGCAAGGCCGACGCCCGGACCUUCGAGGCGGACCGCAACGGCACGCUCGCGCGGUGGCACGCGAAUUCGGAGCUCCGCGAGGUCGACUUCUGGGCGGGACGCGCGCGAGGCGACGCGACUUCGACGCGCGCGUCGUCGCGCGGUUUCGAGAGCGCGCGCCGACGCUCCGUCGAGCGCUCGACGAGAGGGCGCGACUCGUCGACUUCCUCGGCAGCCUCCGCCGGCGGUCCGAGGUCGCGUGCACGGGCCGGAACCGGAACUACAACCAGGCGUCCCACGAGUGCCGCGUGGACCGGCGCGCGCCGGGGCUCCCCGCGUGGACGACGCAGCUGGGACCGCGCGUCGGGCGCGCUCGAGCCCGUCUACGACAUGCGCGGCGCGGCGCCGCGCGCCGCGCCGCGCCGCGCCGACGGCCCCGGCGGCGGCGACGGCCACGCGUCGCUCCUCCCGACCUUCGACUUCCACCACGUCGACGCGGUGUCGCUCGGCGCGUCCGGCGACCUCGUCGUCUCGAGCCGCACGCUGAACACGGAAACAAAGGAGUCCACCCGACGUCGACGUGCGCGCAUUCGGACGCUGGUGACGCACGUCGUGAGCUGUUCGUCGAGACCUCGCCGAGAGAACGCGCCCCGUCCAAAAACGAGCCGAGGCGGCGUCGAUUCGACCGAACUCGGGAGGUUUCGCGAAUUGGCCGGACUGUCCAGCUCACCGGGUGUCGCCGACACAGGCCUCAACGCGUCGCGCUUCGCCUACCCCUUCCUCGCCUUCGCGAGGGACGCGGACAAGUUCUACGCGCCGCACGCGAGCGCCCGCGCCGCGCGCGCGCGCGCCCCAGCGCGCGACGCGCCGCGGCGCGCGCAGGCCGCGAUCGUCGCGGCGUCGGGCGACCUGCUCGUCGUCGACGACGGCGACUCGCGCCCGGGCUGCACGACCGCCGUCGCGGCCCGGGGGGACGCCGGGUGGUUCCGAGGUCGCGUCGCGGCGGGCUGCUUCUCGCGCGUCGUCCGCUACGCGCUCGACGCCGGCGCGGGCACCGCCGCCGUGGCGUGGCAGUUCGAGUGGGGCGUGGACCUCGCCAGCGGGCGGCCGGGGCCGGAACCGCGCCUUAUACCCGGCGCCGACGCGCGCGCGCCGCGGCGGCGCGGCGCGCUGGGACGCGGCGACGCCCCGCGCCUCGAGGCCGAGCGCGGGCCGGGCUCGCCCGGCCCGUCGCCCGUCUUCGAGUUCGCGCCGGACGGCCGCGGCGAGCGGGGCGGGAACGGGGCGAUUCGAGCGGGGCGAUUCGAGUUCGCGUCGACUCGAGCGUUUCGCGACCCAAAGGAGGGCACACCGAGCGGCAAGUACGACCUGGCGGCCAAGCUCCUACUCCCGGAGCCUCUGGCGAACAACGGCCUUCAGAACGCGUACCGCGUCGUCCCGUGGGACCGGAUCCACGCGGAGUCGCACGACUCGCCACUCUGA